AUGCAAACCCAGCCCUGGGGCUGCAUGUGUGGCCUUCUGCUACUGUUGCUGCUGCCACUCCUGGGGGCUGGCCCUGUCCUGGGCAGGGACCUUUCCAAGCCUCUUGAGGACUCAGAACCACACCUGAUCCCAGGAGCUCACCCCAAGGGCCCUGUGGGCACAAAGCCCCAGGCCCUUGACAUCCUCUGGGAGAACCCCAGAGAUGAGCGCUUCUGGAACUCUGGUGUCCCCCAGACCUCAGCCAAAGAGGUGCCUGAGAGGCCUGCAGAUGCUCCCCUUGGCCCAGCCCUGCAUGGGCCCAAAGCAGCCCACGGGGCUCAGAGAGAAGGACUUCCAGUCACUGGUGACCUCCAGAUGGCUCGAGGGCCAAGUUCCCAGGGCUGGACAGGGCCCCCUGAUGCCCAGGAGCUUCUGGAGCAAGAAGCACUGGCCCCCCAUCCAAUGGGGCCUCCCCAUUUGACUUUCAUUCCCACAACUCCCAGACUGCAGCUCGGGGUAGCCACAGUUCCACCCUUCCCAGGGGAGCCUGCAGGCCAGGCAGGGCAGCAACCACCUAGAGAUGAGGGUCUGAUGGCCGAGGCCAAGAUCAGGGUUCCAGAGACUUCCCCCUCAGAACACCAGGGCCCUCCCGACACUCUUGGGCCCCACGGGGGCACUGUCAGAAGGCCAGUCCUGACAGAACAGGGUGGGGAUGCGGAAGACUUCCAGGAGGCAGCUGGAGGCCCCCUCGUCACCCAGCAGGAUCCAGCAGCCCCUGAUGUUGGCUCAGUGUCCCCAGUUGAGGGGGCAUCCUCUCAGGAUCCUGGAGCGCAGCCAGACGUGGCAUUGGCCAGAAGCCUUCCUCCUGCUGAGGAGCUGCCAGUCGAGCCCCCCGAGAAGGCUAGUGCUGGGAACAACCAGGAAGUCAGCCUCUCAGUGCCCCCACCCAAGCAGGCUGACCUCCCUGAUGCUGAGAGUUCACCAGAACACCAGCCCUCCGGCCCCCCAGCCUCAGAGGCUCCUGAUGGACAGCCCAAGCCAAAGAUAGCAGCAAUGAAUGGAGCAGACCCCAUCUCCCCUCAGCGGGUGAGAGGGGCAGUGGAGACCCCAGGCACCCCCAAAUCCCUCAUCCCUGGCUCCUCGGACCCUGGCCCAGCUACAAAUCAAACAGAGAGCCCUGUGGGAGCUCCGCAGCCAGAUGAAGCUGAGGAGUGGCCAGGGCGCCCCCAAAGCCAUCCCCCAGCACCCCCAGUCCAGGCCCCCUCGACGUCCCGCCGGGGCCUCAUUCGGGUCACCACGCAGCGAGCCCUGGCCCAGCCACCCCCUCCAGAGCCCUCAGCCAGCUCCAUGGCAUCAAUCCCAGCCUCCAGUCCCCCAGCCAACGUCACCGCACCCCCCCUGCGCUGGGGGCCCCUGCGGCGGGUGCUGAGCUUUUCCUGGGAGCUGCACGUCUACGGGGUGGGGGCGCUUUUCCUGCUUCCAGCGUCGUUGGCACUGGCCCCGCUGGCAGCCGCCCCGGCAGGACCCCGUCUAGCACUGGUGGCAGCAGUGCUGGUGCUAGUGGCGUCGGGUCUACGAUCAGCCUAUAUGUUCACCGACCCAUACGGCUCACAGGCGCGGCUGGGUGUGCGCGCUGGCCUAGUGCUUUACAAUCUGCCCUUCCCCUUGCUGCUCGCGGCGCUGGCGGCCUUGACCCUGCUCGGCCUGGGUGCUGGGCUGCCACCGCCGCUGCAGAACCCUCUCCUGUUGGGAGCGUUGGCGUCGGCUCACUGCGUGGGGCUGCUGGCUGCAGACCUUCUGUUGGCGAGGCCUGCGCUCAACCUCCUGAUGCAGGGCUUAUCAUGCGCCUGGGGCGCGACCGUGGCUCUGGGCACACUCUGCCUGUGCCGGCGCCGCCUGCUGGGUCGGCCGCAGGGCUGGAACGCCAGCCCGGGACCGCGACUGCUGGCCGUGGCGGGUGCGCUGGGGCUGCUGGCCAGCGGCUUGCAGCUGGCGGCCGCGUUGUGGCUAUAUCCGGGCCCAGGCCGGGUGGGCCGCUUCUCAUGGGCCUGGUGGGGUGUCCACUUCUGGCUGCGCUUGCUGGAGCUAACGUGGGCGCUGGCCCUGGCGCUGGCCGCUAUGGCUGCCGCGCGGCCCAGGCCCCCUACGGAGCACGCUUGCUGGGCCAAGCUGCUGCGCCUGGCGUGCCCUGCGCCGUCGGGAAAGAGUGAGGUGCCCGAGCGACCCAAUAACUGCUUCGCGGGACCUAGUGGCGUCGGCACAGGCAGCCUGGACAUCAGCAAGAGCCUCAUCCGAAACCCAGCGGAGGGUGGACUCCCUGCCACGUCCAAUUCUGGCGCCUGGGGUUCUGCUGCAUCACUGGGCCGUCGUCCCCAGGCUGGCCCGGGACCGUCCCGCAGCAGUGUGGGGCCGGCACCAUCGCUGAGCGAGCUGGACCUCCGGCCACCAUCCCCCAUCAACCUGAGCCGCAGCAUCGACGCAGCGCUCUUCCGAGAGCACUUGGUGCGAGAUAGCGUAUUCCGGCGCUGCGGACUGCGCGGCCUGCUCUCCCCGCAGCCUGGGGGAGCUCUGCGGCCGCGCCGGAGCAGCCAUCCGGACGCUGAGCUCGAAGGCGCGGGCUCUUCUCUCCUCCACGGCCGCUGCCGGUCGCUCAGCGACGUGCGCGUGCGCGGGCGGGUCCCACAGCACGUCGUGGACGAGGCCGACCGUACAGCCGCGGCGGCUUCAGGCAGCUCCCUGGAGAGCUUCUCCCGGGGUUCGCUCAAGAUCAGCUGGAACCCAUGGCGCCACGGGCUGUCAGUGGACAGCCUGCCACUAGACGAGCUGCCCAGCACGGUGCAGCUACUGCCUGCCCCGUCCUCUGCGCCUGUCCCUGCCCUGGCUCGGCCCGGAGAGCCCCAGAGAGAGGCCCAGCCGGGCUGCAAGCCCGGGGACUCCCGCAGCGCCUCCAGUGAUACUAUAGAGCUCUGA